GGAGACGAUACACUUCAACCGCAUGUGGUGGUGAUAGGUGCGACCAAUAGACCCAAUGCCAUAGACCCUGCCCUGAGACGGCCUGGACGCUUUGACCGCGAACUCGAGGUACCUGUGCCCUCAGUAGAGGACCGGUUGGCCAUUUUAGGUGCAAUGCUGGGGAAAAUACCACAUAGACUGACCAAAGAACAG